AGAGAUUUAGAGUCUAUAGCCAAACAUGUGGUCCAAAUUUCAAGAAGAUUGGUGUAAUAGGUAAUCAAUUAUUCCGCCUAAUUGAAAUGCAAUGACAGUUAAAAUCUUGAGAAGAUUCGACAGUUAUUAAAUUGAUUUCAUGAGUUGGGAAUGUACAUACGAUCUAAUUUUGGAAUGUCUUAAUUGCUUUUUGAGAAGUUAACUCGACAGAAAAAGAAGUUAUCAUGACAAUUUCAUAAAGGAGAUAGUCGAGACACUGCUGUAGAUCUGAUAUGUGUAUCGAUUUAAAUUAUUAACGCCACAAUUCUUUAUUGGAUGGAUGCAACUUGAGGCCCAGAAUCGUCGACCAAAGCAGUUUAUAAAAACAGGAGUACGUUAAUAUGACUAAUUAAGACUCAAUUAAUAUCAUUUCACAACUCGGCGCUCUAGCGGAAAGUAGUCUAUCGUGUUUCUAAAGGAUGUCAUACUUUUAUUUUGCCCUUGAACACAAAUACAAUAAAUCAAUUCUCGACCGUGAAAAGAGGUAAUUUUUUGAUCCGCCUCUUUGUGUAUUUUUUUCUAAUUUAUAUCAGUAUCAGUGAUGUAAUGGAUACCCAUACUAUACUAGAGUUUACGAAGCGGUGUUUCUUUGCGGUGUGACUUUUUCGUGAUCUGAAUUAUGGAAAGGUGAUGUAGAAGAUGAUUCUGGUCUGGUUCCUUUUUACGUUUGUGACGAGUAUUUCUACGGAUGACUUACCUAACACGGGGGCAUUGUCAUCAGUGGUUGCCCUCCGAGCCAAUUUCAUUUGUAACAGAAUCCCCGGUUUAACUCCUCGACAACGAUCCAUUUGCCGGAAAAGGCCGAACGCAAUAGUUACGAUCGGAGAAGGAGUACAAAUGGGAAUUAACGAGUGUCAAUAUCAGUUCCGGAAUAAUCGCUGGAACUGCUCAAGUAGCGGAGCAGAAAACACCAUGUUUGGUCACACACAUAAAGUUGGGAGUAAAGAGGCGGCUUUUACGUAUGCAAUAACGUCCGCAGGAGUGACUUAUUCCAUAACACAAGCCUGUAGUUUGGGAAAAUUAAAACGGUGCAGCUGUGACCAAAGUAAAAAGAAAAGCCGAGUGAUAAAUGCUGGUUGGAAAUGGGGAGGAUGCAGUGCGGAUAUCAAACAUGGACUUAAAUUUUCUCGUAAAUUUCUGGACGCGCGGGAAAUCGAGCAAAACGCAAGAUCUCUUAUGAAUAAACAUAAUAACAGAGCCGGAAGAAAGGCCGUCAAGGAAAAUAUGAACAGAGAAUGCAAGUGUCACGGAGUCUCUGGAUCCUGUACGAUGAAGACUUGCUGGACCACCUUACCGCCAUUUCGUCAAAUAGGAGACCAUUUAUUUAAGAAAUACAGAAGAUCCAAACAAGUGGUGCCGAUGGUAGGAGGACGCAAUAGGCGUCCAGUUUAUUUGACUCUGAAGCGGUCUCGGCGCUCGCACACAAAGCCAAGGCGAUCAGACUUAGUGUAUUUACAGAAAUCUCCGAACUACUGUGAUUAUGAUGAGUCUGUUGGUUCGCUAGGAACUGUGGGUAGGAAGUGUAAUAGGACGUCUUACGAUACGGACGGAUGUGACCUCAUGUGUUGUGGACGGGGUUACAAUACCCAUCAGUACACAAAAACAUGGCAGUGUAACUGCAAAUUUCAUUGGUGUUGCUAUGUGCAUUGUAAUAAAUGCAGUGAGCGGACAGAGGAAUAUGCAUGUAAAUAAUAAAAUGACGUCAUCUUCUGGGAUGGAAUGUUGGGAUAACGAUUCCGACAAAAAAAUCAAACACGAAAAGUACAUGUACUUACACGUACAUUUACUAGGAAAAGAGUGCAAUUUCAGUGUUAACACAUAUCAGACACUCCACGUUUUGUUUGAUAUAGCAUUUACAUUUCUUUCAAUUGUGAUAUUUAAAACAUCUAAGAUGUCAUUGUAUAUACCAUUGUUUCAUAUUUUAUACAAAUUAUAUAUUGUUGAAUGUAUUUAUUUUUAGAUAGUCUAAGAAAUUUAUACACUGACUUUGAAAAUACGACUUUUUAGUAGUAUUUUUUUUUAAUCAACCCUUGUCCAAAACCCCACAAAAAAUUAUAUUUAUCUAAAUUAAGCAUAGAAUCUUUCAAAGUGCUCCCGUAUGAUGCUAUAGCAUCAGUCUCAUAAAAUCUCCAAGUCUCAUACAUUUCCAUUGUAUCACUUGGCGAAAAAUAGGAAAGUAUCACAUACAUGUACUAUUGUUUAUUCCGAAUAAUUGUUUUAAAAAUUCACUGUGCCGAAUUCUUUCCACUUUUAUCAAGGGAAUACAUGGGACACCCUCCUGAGCCAGGGAUUUUUUUCCUUAUAAAUGAGUAAUAUUUAAUUGGAUUCUGUUGUAUUUUUGAAAGUUAUUUAUCAAUAUCAAAUGAACAAAAUCUAGCAAAAUAUCUUUAAAAAGAUGAAGAAAAAAAUGAAUUCUUUUGUUUCAAAGAAUUAAUAUUUUCAAGUGCUUUUUAAGGGGGUGCGAUUGUACCCAACGCUCCCCUUACCCAUUCCAAAGGCUCUUUUUUUUAAGAAUUAAAUUUGUUGACAUCCUACAAAUAGAAAUGUCCUCAUGUAUAUUAGAUUUCAUCGUUAAAUCUGUCUCAGAGUCGCUAACAUUUGGAGUGACGUGUAUGUGUAUACAUGUUUCAGUGUCAAUUCAAGUGAUCUGACGUGAACGUGUUACAUGUAUCUGCGUCAUUUCCAAUGAUUUGACCUGUACAUAUAUACACGUUUCUGUGUCAAUUCCAGUGAUUCGGCGUGUACGUGACUGUAUGCAUGUAUAAGUUUAAAUUCCAAUAAAUAGACGUGUACGUGUAUACAUGUAUAUGUGUCAAUUCCAAUGAUUCGACGUGUACCUGUAUGCAUGUAUCAGUUUUAAUUCCAAUAAUUUGACGUGUACGUGUAUACAUGUAUCUGUGUCAAUUCCAGUGAUUCGACGUGUACGUGUAUGCAUGUAUCAGUUUUAAUUUCAAUAAUUUGACACGUACAUGCAUAGAUGUAUCAAUGUCAAUUCCAAUAGCGUAAAAUCUUUUUAUCUUUACAUAGAUAUUAUACAUUGGCUAUGUUUCAACUGUUUACAUUCCUAGCUUAAAAAUGAAAAUAAUAUUUUCUAUUUUCAUGUUAACUCUUGUAAUGCUUAAUGUAUGUUUUUGCAUAUGUAAAUUGUUAAAAUUGUAGUUAUUAAG